CUGGCGAAUCGUGAGCGCGCAAGAGCUGCAAUGGCCGCUUUGGAUCGGCGAAAUCCUAAUCUCGACGACUUUGUCGGAUUAAACUGGAGCUGUUGGGUAGACAGAGUGAAUGUUUUAUCAUCUGACGCUGGGUCUAAGGUUGAAGAUGACGAGUAUGGGAUGAACUGCUCAGAGACCAUGACGCUCGGAAAAGAAGAUAUGCACAUAUAUGGCCACUGCCCAGCACACGAUGAUUUUUAUUUGGUGGUGUGCAGCCAGUGUGGUCAGGUGGUGAAACCUCAAGCCUUUGAGAGGCACUGUGAAAGGUUGCAUGGUUCUGUUACAAAGAUAUGUAACCCGCCAUCCGCUGUGGCGCCUCAGCAGCUAAAUUGCUCCAGCCUCGGUCUUUCUAAUAAUUCUUCCUCUAUGGAAAGGAAGAAGGAAGGCAGAUGUCAAAAGGGCGGCACCUCAUCUGCAACCUCACCUGCCCAACAGCACAAGUCUACAAAGACCCACAAAUAUAUAGUGAGUUUAUCUUCUGUGAAGUUCCCUGAGGAAAACCCUCACUCGUCCUCCAUGCCUUGCCUUCCUCCAUUCCAUUCAGCACCCCUGCCCCCUGACGACUGUUCCACCUCCACUCUGUUAGAGAAAUCCUCUGUGCAGAAGUUGACAGCUGGACAGUCCACUGAGUCUCACUGUCCUCAGCGGGGCAUAAGAACCUACAGCCGGAUUUACAAAAACAUCCACAAAAAAGAAUGUGAUCUGAAUAAACACGGCAGAGUUUUGGACCCCGAAAGGAAGACACUGUGCAACAGGGAGCUAAUGUGCAAUGCUGAUUCAGUCAAGCAUCAGCAGAAAGUGUUGGGAGAGACUAAGACCACUGAUCAGAGAACUACCUCAGCUACAGAUCAAGAUAUGGAGAAGCUUCGUGAUGAAUCAAAAUACAAAAAGAAACAUGUGGAAGCUGACGGGGGAAAAAUAACAAAUAAAGACAGCAACAACUGCCACAUUCAAGGGUCCAGGAAUCCAUCAGGAAGCUCUCCCGAGGAGGAGGGUAACGGCACUGUGGAAGCGGAAGUGCAACCUCCGUACCCGUUCACCUUGUCAAGUGACGACAGUGAAGAAGAUGAGCAGGAUGAAGCCACAGACCUACCUGCUACACCCUGGCACCCCAAACCUCUUGGGCUAUGCACUUUUGGAUGUCGCACGCUCGGUUGCAGCAUCUUCACAUUUGAUCGGCGUUUGCACCACCUGCGCUUUGCACUCAGUGCCAUGUUGGAGCGCCAUGUCAGCACACACUUGUGGAAGAAAAUGCCUAAAGUAUCAUCAGGUCUCAGGUCACACUCCCACAGCCUUGAGUCUACCUCACUGGUACAGUUUGAAAACAAUCCUUGUCAGCCAAACUCUUACAGUAUUAAACCGCCUUAUCCUACCACGUCUGCAAGUGUCGGGUCAGGGAGAGUGUGUAGUCCCAGCAAAGCUCAGCUUAUAGAGGUGGAACUUAUGCAAGAUGCAAGCGCAGCACAGAAAGCUGUCAAGAAGUUACAAAGCAGUGAGAUCAAAGCCUCCAGAUACAUCAGGGAUCCCUUAUUUCAUCAGAAGGGCCAGCCUCAGCGACCAGACAGUGCUACCUUCUCAAAUGGAAAAAAGCCACGAGAGUCUACGAAGAGACAGUCAGAUGUGAAGAAGUGUCGCCCUUUGCCUGUACCAAAUCACCGCUCUCCCCGCAGCAAAGGGAAGCUCCCAGGCGAUCAGCAGAAAGUGGUGGCCUAUGACCACAUGAGUGUUGCUCAGAAACGCAAAAGCAGCAGCGAGUUACUAACCUGAACUUCUUCACUUUCAACGAUCUCUAAGUUGAAAUGUUUGUCCCAUUCUUCCUGCUCCAGCUUUGCCUUCUGGAAGGGAGAAAAUAUCCAACAUGUACUUACAUAAAGGUUUGACAAAAAGCUCGACCCCUAAACACAGUAUUGCUUUUAUCUUAUAUUCUGAAUCCAUUCCUCUUUUUUUAUUUUAAAGUCAUGAAUGGACAGUACGUCUUCUUCAUUUUAAUUUGAAUGUGAUGUAACAACAGUAAACGUGUUUGGUAAGUGACAGUUGCUGUUUACAUCUCAGCUUUUCAGCCAAACAAGAGGCCAGUCUUAAAACGACCACUUGGAGAUGAAGCUGGU